UUCAACGUCGGAUUAAACGAAUUUUGUAUCCUUCAGCAGCAGAACAGAACGAGUAGGAUCUUCUUGUCUUUCUUUAUUAAUGAGACGUGUUCUCCUUUUUACUCCCGACGAUGCUACUGAAAGAUAAAGAUCCUGUACCUGGAGGUGAUUCAUCGCCGGGUUAUUUCUCGUCACACGUAACGUGUGCCGCAUCCUCCGCACAGGAGUAUUAGUCGUCAACUCGCGCGAGCAGGAUGGCUCCGUCAUUUCUUCCAGAUGAUUUUUGGAACAGGUGCACUGUCCGUGUCUAUAUGUAUAUAUAUCGGAUGUCGGACGUCAGUGUGAAUCUCCCAUGAGUGUUGCGUCCGAUAUCAGCUGCGAAGGAUUCUGCGAUAGUCCUACAACAGCCAAAGAUAAAUUGUUACUUGGCACUGACAGUAUCGAUCGGCAAAUGUGGACGUUUCGCGAAAAUAAUCGGCCGCUUACAAUCGCCUAGAUUGACAGUUCAUGUCUGUUAAUAUUCUAUCGUUCGAUAAUUCAUACUUCGCAAUGCCACUUGACGACAUCCUAGAACCCGAUACUUUUUAAAUGUCUUACCGGAAAUAGAAUACUGAAGAUAAGAGUGAAGAAGAAAAACAUAAUACUGUAUCUAGGAAAGAGACAGAUAUAUAUGAAAGGAGGGAAAAAUGCGUUAUCGUCGCCAGAGUGAGCGCUCAAGAAACAAACACCAUUUCCUGUAAACGGCAUACAAUUACCUUGGACAAUAUGUGAGGAAACUAUUAUCAGAAGAUUAGAAGAACAAUCACAAUUGCAUGAUGCAUGGAAUCUUAUGAAUCAUUUGUACAAGAUAAGAUAGUUGAGGAUUGCGAGUGUUGAAUUGGAUUCAACUGAUCAGUUUUGCAAGCUAAGUCAGACGGAAAUUUCAUCUUGAAGAUUAAAGAUGUCGGGAGGAGAAAGAAAGAAGAGGGGCUGCGACAGGGGGCAAGGAUGGGAAGAAGCUGGUGCAGAAUUCUAUCAGGAGAGCUAUCCGGCAGCUAUAGAAGCCGAUCUGCAGCAGGCCUUACAGAGGGACCCUUCACACAUAGCUACUUUACUUCCUAGCAAGAAGUCUCGAGUUGCUACAGCCAAACGAAUCCGAAAUGAUACGAAGACAACAUUGAGGAGGCGUACGAGCACCAGAUCGCGUGGUACAACCACUUCGAGGCGUAUGUCGACCAAUAUUCACGAUGCAGCAGUUUCUACAUUACCGGACUUGUCUGAGAACUUGUCCAAUGAGGAGCGCACCUGGGAGGAGAUCAUGCAAAUCAAAGCCAUGCCCCUGCGAAUGUCCCAAAAAAUACAGUUGAAGAAUCAAUUGCAGAGCGCCACAAAGUUGAGACUCCAGGGCUUCGAACAGCUCAAGUGGCAGCGCAGGAAAGCUUGGCAGCAAUUUCGCAUAAGGCUGAAAGAGGCGUAUUCCAAGGUAGAUCUGUGGAACGACAGUCUGCAGAAGAUCGGUGGGAACUUCGGCAUGGGAAUAGUAGCGUACUUUCUGUUCAUCAAGUGGCUGAUGUACAUGAAUCUGCUGCUGUUCGCCAUCAUAUUCCCGCUGAUCGUGUUGCCCGCGAUCCUGCUACAGACGCCGGAGAACGAAGCGUGCUCCAACAUUACUUCCGCCAGCGUGGCGUGCUGCUCCGAAUUGUACAAGAACAUGACCGACAAGAGUAACAGCAUAACCGACCUCGUGCAGGGCGGCGGUAUUCUGGAGUACACCCUGCUGUUCUACGGCUCCUACACGCACAAGAUCUACGAGAGCGUGAGCGCCAAUUUCUACUACAACUCUUCGUUGUCGUACAUCUGUGUCAUCAUCAGUGUCUUCAUCGUCAGUCUGGUGGCGAUCGUACGGUCCGCCGCGAAGGGCUUCAAGGAGCGCGUCGUGGAGGGCGAGGGUCAGUUCUACCAGUACUGCAACCUGGUGUUCGGCGGCUGGGACUAUUGCAUUCACAACGAGAAGUCCGCGGGUGUGAAGCACAAGGCGUUGUACAACGAGAUGAAGGCGUUCCUCGAGGCUGAACGGAUGGAGGAGGAGAGGAAGAACCGCACCAGGGAGGAGAAGACUAAGCUCUUCUUCAUACGGCUGUUCGUGAAUCUGCUGGUCCUGACGGUGCUGAGCACCUGCGGCGCCUUCAUCUACUACAUCAUCGACUUCUCGUUCAACCAGUUGGCGGCGUACUUGGCACGGGACGUCGAGACCUCCAAGAUCAUCCGUCUCUUCUUCGAAUUCCUGCCGUACAUAUGCAUCGUCGGCCUCAACGUGGCGAUCCCGUUCCUCUUCCGCUACCUGGUCGCCCUGGAGAACUACAGCCCAUCCUACGUGGUCCGUGUGACCUUGUUCAGAACGGUGUUCCUCCGACUGGCCUCGCUGGUCGUUCUGCUCACGUCUCUCUACAGACUAGUCGCGGACAAGAUCUCAGAGCACGAGUGCAGCAAGAACAAGCAGCCGUUGUGCUGGGAGACGUUCGUCGGCCAGCAGUUCUUCAAGCUCUACACCACCGACCUGUUCAUCCAAUUCUUCAUGACGUUCUUCGUCAACUUUCCCAGGUCGUUGGUCGCACGGCACACCGAGAACAAGGUGCUGCGCUUCGUCGGCGAGCAGGAGUUCGACCUGCCCAAGCACGUGUUGGACAUCGUGUACCUGCAGACGAUCUGCUGGCUCGGCUGUUUUUUCGCCCCGCUCUUGCCAAUGGUCGCCACGAUCGGCACCUUCCUGUUGUUCUACGUGAAGAAGUUCACGUGCCUGGUCAACAGCACACCGUCGAGCAAGAUCUAUCGCGCCAGCAGGUCGAACUCGCUCUUCAUGUUCAUCCUGCUGGUCUCUUUCAUUCUGGCGAUCAUACCGGUCGGAUACUCGAUUGCGGAGAUCAUGCCGUCGAAAUCCUGCGGGCCGUUCCGCGGCCUCGAGUCCGUGUGGAUGCUGCUGAUCAUGACGUUCUCACGGUUCCCCGACUGGCUGCAGUCGACCUUGUUCUUCUUGGGCACUGCUGGAUUCGGCAUACCGGCGUUCGUCGUCCUAACGUUGCUCCUGUACUACUACUACGCGGCGUUGAUCGCGAACAAGCACAUGGUGACGGUGCUGAAGAAUCAGCUGGUGUUGGAGGGCCACGACAAGCAGUUCCUGCUCAACAGGCUCAGCGCUUUCAUCAAGCAGCAGCAGGAUCAGAACAAGUUCCACCAGGAACAGAACACCGAGCUAGGCACGUUCCAGCAUGUAUAAAGAAAAAAGGAGCGAAUGUAGCGUAAACUUGAUUUUAAUGUUCUUACCGAGUGUACAAAUCCAGCGGGGACACAAUGGGACCGUCCUCGCGACUUGCCGGGACUUGGUGAGAAACUUGCUGUCCGGUUCGAUCGAGCGACGAUUGUUUGACGAUUUACUUGUGAAACGUGUAAGACUGCAUCGAUUUUAUCUCUUUUUUUAUAUCUCAUAGAGCCAACCGACCGCGGUGGCAUUUACAAAAACGUUUUUGAUAUUCCAUAUUUCAUUCGCGAAUCGGAGAACGACGGGGAAACUUCUUGAAGUGCGUGUACACCUGGCGAACGAACGACGAACGAACUGCGAAUGCAAAGUUUCAUUGUUACAUUUUGACAGGGUUGGGAAGUAACGCGUUACUUGUGACGACGUUACUAUUACUUUUUUUUCAGCAGCGAUUUGGUUAUUCUUUUCAUUAGUAAUGAUAAUGGUAACGAAUAUAAUCGUUACUUUCGUCGUUACUUUACAUACCUGCAAUACAUAAAACGAACAAAGCGAGUCCUAAAAAAGAUCUUCGAAACUCGGUGAAGAAAUAAUGACUUGUUACUUCUUGAGUAACGAUGACGGUAAGGAGUUACUGUUUUCAGUAGGUAACGAAUAACGGUGAUGCUUUAUAUUUUCUUUCAAUAAGUAAUGAGUAAUGGUAACGAGUUAUUUCUCAAAAGUAUUUUUCCUAACUCUGCAUCUUGAAAAAUGCGUAUGUCGUAACAAAUUCGAAUAGUUUGUGGCUGAUUUGCUCGUAAAGUGCGUUAUCGGAUAGUUCUGAAGAAAAUUCGUGCGCGUUUAGACACGAGACACGCUCGUUGUUCGUUCGUUCUCCGAGGUGUGUAUGCACCUUUAUACGCGACCGACAUUAGCAGGGACAAUACCAAAGAUUAAUUAAUACGCUGCCGAUUACGGUGUUUUGUAUUUCACUCGCAUACUCGGACACACUGGUCGCAGCCACUGCCAAAGCAAGAGCGUUAGUUUCCGACGAGCGAGUUCGGCGAGAUUAGUUUCGAAUUUGCGAACCUUCAAGACGGGACAUAUCUGACGUUCUUCUAGUUUCGACUCGACCGUAUCGCGUGUACGCGAAGAAUAUACACGUCUGAAAUCAGGGUACAAAGAGAAGCAACGUUGUCGCAAGUAUUACGCAAUAGUUACAGGUUAAAGGAGAAUCGUGACUUAUUUAUUCGUUAGCUUCGUAUGAUUUAGCAGACGGUAGAUCUGUAAGAUCGCAAUCCGUACGUCGCAAUGAAACGGACGCGAUGGGGAGAUCCGACUUGGAGCGUAACAUACUCGUCGGACGUAACAAUAUUAUAAGCUAAUGUGUGAUCAUGUAUGUUUAGCUUAGUGCACUAACAAGUAACGAGACUACGCCUCCGUAACGGCGAGCAUUUACUUCCUCGACUUAACGAGUAAAUGUUAGUGAGCUUUUGCAUGAAAGAAGAAGAAAAAAAAAGAACACAAACACACAUACACACAAGAAAGAAAAUGAAACAGUGAUACGCAGCGGACCUAUUUUUAGAGUAGCUCUACUUUAGAGGAACCUGUAAUGUUACUGUAAAUAGGUCCUUUAGAACGAGAAGUUAUUUUAUUAGCGAUACCUCUACGAAACGAGCAGCAGAAGAAGUAUCACUAUGACUAAACUGUAUUUUGUUAUAAUUUAUUAUUCUGUUGUAACGAAAGGCUGAAUUAUUUUAGAGCGUAAGAGCGCAGGAACUUUUGUAAUUUCAUACACGACGCUCCGUUUUCUGAUCGGUUCUACAAAAAAUCUCGUAUACCUCAGUAUUGCAAUGCCAAAGAGGGGCACCCCAUUUGGGGACUCCCGCGAUAAUUUAAAUGUUACGUUUUUCUACUGUAGCGUGUUAACGUGAGAUAACGCGAACGAACAUACUCCGUUUAAGAUUAUGCCCGAUUUACUCUCCUCCACACUGCCAACAAUUCUACGCAAUCCUGCGGAAGUGAUGAUGUUUUUUACUUCAGUGUACUUUGAAAAAUCAAUUCUGUAGGUAUCACACGCGCACAUGUUCAAUACAGCAUGCUGUGGGAAAAAUCGAGCGAAUUCCUUGGCCUAAAUGAUUGAACGUGUACCGCACACCUCGAAGAAUGCAUUUGCAAGUCGCACACAACUGUACGGCCGUGUAUAAGACGACAUAUACGGAGACUCAGAUAUUAAGUACACAUCUUCCAUUAAUUUACAAUGAAUAUUGUAAGCUAUCGAUGGCACUAAAUGCAUUAAUAUAAAAAUAUAAAAAUCGUAUAAAACAUGAUAAUCGUACGCAAGGGAGGUUUCUGCCUCUGAAAAGAU